GUUAUAUCCCACUACUGAGAUAUGGCAAGCACCAUUGAUGUUACCAAGUAUGGUCACAGUCCUGUUCAUCACGCUGUUGUCACAAGGGAUUAUGCCGGUCUCAAGAAACUAUUAUCCGCUCUUCCGAAGAUGCGUGACCCUUCUGAGGUUAAAAACGAAGCAGCUUCUGUAGCUGAAGAGACCAAAGCGGAUUCAAUUGCAGCUGUUAUAGACAGGCGUGAUGUAGUUAACCGAGACACUGCUCUUCAUUUAGCUGUAAAGCUCGGGGAUGAGACCUCCGCGGAGAUGCUUAUGGCUGCAGGAGCUGAUUGGAGCUUGCAGAAUGAGCAUGGAUGGAGCGCUCUACAAGAAGCUAUUUGUGGUAGAGAAGAGAGGAUCGCUAUGAUUAUCGUCAGGCAUUAUCAGCCUCUAGCUUGGGCUAAAUGGUGCAGGAGGCUGCCUCGGCUUCUUGCUACGAUGCAUAGAAUGAGAGAUUUCUAUAUGGAGAUCACUUUCCAUUUCGAGAGUUCUGUUAUACCUUUCAUUUCCAGAGUGGCUCCUUCGGAUACUUAUAAGAUUUGGAAGAGGGGUGCGAAUCUUAGAGCAGAUAUGACAUUGGCUGGGUUUGAUGGUUUCAGGAUUCAAAGAUCAGAUCAGACCAUACUUUUUCUUGGAGAUGGGUCAGAGGAUGGUAAAGUUCCUUCCGGUUCUCUUCUUAUGAUAUCACAUAAGGAUAAGGAGAUUAUGAAUGCUCUAGACGGUGCUGGAGCUGCCGCAUCAGAAGAAGAAGUUCGUCAAGAAGUGGCUGCAAUGUCCAAAACAAGCAUUUUCAGACCCGGGAUCGAUGUUACUCAAGCUGUUCUCUUCCCGCAAUUAACUUGGAGGCGUCAAGAGAAGACAGAAAUGGUUGGGCAAUGGAAAGCAAAAGUAUAUGAUAUGCACAAUGUAGUUGUUAGUAUAAAAUCAAGAAGAGUACCGGGUGCAAUGACCGAUGAGGAGCUUUUCUCAAACACUAAUCAAGAAAACGAUACAGAAAGCGAGGAUCUUGGAGAUAUCUUGACCGAAGACGAGAAGAGGCAGCUGGAGUUAGCACUCAAGUUGGAUUCACCGGAAGAAUCUUCUAACAGUGAGAGCUCUAGGAUUUCUCAAAAGCAGAAUAGUUGUUCUUUUGAGGAUCGAGAGAUUCCAGUAACGGAUGGAAACGGGUAUUGCAAACAGGAGAAGAAAGGAUGGUUCAGUGGAUGGAGGAAACGAGAGGAAGGGCACAAACGAAGUAGUGUUCCUCCAAGAAGUUCACUUAGUGUCGAUGAGAAAGUAAGCGAUCUUCUUGGGGACGAUGAUUCUCCAUCUCGUGGAGGAAGACCGAUAAAACCGGGAAGACACUCAACGGUUGAGACUGUUGUGAGGGAUGAAAACCGGGGAUCAAGGGAUUCAUCAAAAGCUUCAACAUCAGAAGGCAGUGGAAGUAGCAAGCGAAAAGAAGGAAGCAAAGAGAAUGAGUACAAGAAAGGGCUUAGACCGGUUCUUUGGCUUUCAGAGAGAUUCCCAUUACAGACAAAAGAACUUCUUCCAUUGCUCGAUAUCCUUGCAAACAAAGUCAAAGCAAUUCGGCGUUUGAGAGAGCUUAUGACCACGAAACUACCUGCGGGAACAUUCCCAGUCAAGGUUGCUAUUCCCGUAAUUCCUACGAUUAGAGUACUCGUCACAUUUACAAAGUUUGAAGAGCUAGAAGCUAUUGAAGAUGAGUUUGUUACACCGCCAUCUAGUCCAACUUCUUCGGUGAAGAACAGUCCUAGAGAAGAAAUACAGAGCUUAUCAAACUCAUCCUCCUCAUGGUUUCAAUGGAUCAAAACACCGAGCCAACGUCCAUCAACAAGCUCGAGCUCUGCAGGGUUUAACAUUGGUAAAGCCGAAAACGAUCAAGACCCAUUUGCAAUUCCAAGAGGAUACAAUUGGAUCACAGCUGAAGAGAAGAAAAAGAAGGUCCAAGAGAAGAAUAAAGCUAAGAAGGGCAAGUCAUCUCAGAACAGCUGAAGAAAAAGAAAACAUAAGUAAGGAAAGAUCUUUCUUUGUCUCUGAGAACAUAAAUACUCAAAGUAGGA